UUCUCGUAAAUUUUCGAUAAAUCUCGCAAAGAUAGAUUUUCCAGUAAUCAAUGAUGCAAUUGACAAAAGUGCGAUGAUUCUUAUAAAGUAUAUUCUGCGCGAAGGAACGGUAUUUUUGUAAAAGAUCUUGUGUCUUCAUUUCUUCCGCUGAAUGUGAUGAAAAGGAGUCUAUUCAAUACAGCUUGCGAAUUAUUUUGCGCGUCUAUGAAUAUCAUCAACGAAACUACCCUCAUGUCCAGAAAAAUGCAUGUGCAAUGGAACGAUUUGGAUAAUGGACAAAUGACAAAUAAGACAAACAACAAGCCUUCAAACCUGGACGAUGACGUGGCAAAUCCUAAUGUGACGAGUAAUAACAAGUCGGCAAACAGUGAUCUAUACCAAGCCUUAUUUCCAAUUUAUUAUAUCAGCAAAGUGUCCGGUGUAUUUCCAAUAAGAUUUGUCCGACACGUAUCUGGCAGGUAUCAAGGCCGAUUGAGCAUCAUCGAUAGCAGUUACAG